AUGAGGCCGCGUGUCAAAGAUACCUUUGUGGCGCAGGACCUGACCGACGACUCUACGGAAGUCAUCCCCGUCAUUGGACUGCAAAAGGUGAUGAGCCUGAAGGACAGGCUCAUCAAUCGUUUAAGCCAAACGAUUAAAAGAGAUGUCACGUUAGAGGAGGACACUAUUCAUCAGUCAAUCAAGAUCCACGUCUUCCCCAACCGGAGUUCGCCUCAAGCACCACUCGAUGGGCCUACGUACGAUGACGCCUGCGAGCCUGAAUCGACUGCGGACGAAGAACUGGGGACGCGGCUCUUGACACUGUGUCAAGAUGUCAAAGGAUGCGAGUCAUCAUUGAAGAACAUCAACGCCUUGGCUCAGGUCGCCUCCACUAUGACAAGGGUAAUCAUGAACUUGGGCGAGCGUCUCAAGUUCUUUCUACGCAAGGCUCAGAUCUCGAACGAGCUAUACCAACUCAUAUGCGAACUUGGAUUCCCCGAGCGCAUACAUAAAACACUGAUUAGAGCGGCACGCACAUGCAGUAACUUCCUCCAUCCUACAAUCCAUCUUGAACGCGUCUCUUUGUCCAAUGCACAACGCUCCACAGUCUGGCGUCUGAAACAGUUUGUUCUUAACAAGAACGAGACCGAGCCACCAGCGUGGGCUCAGCGCGAUUACGGCUUCAAGUUCUGUAAACAAAGAGAAGAAGUGUUGCUCCUCAAAGAGAUCUACAACAAGAUCUGCAAGAAGAUUUCAUUGAAAGAUCUCCACACUGCGUGCAUACAUGGCAGGUUAUACGAGGCGGCAGUGCAAAAGGGCGUCUUCGUGGAUGCAAAGUACAAACGACUCAUGCAGAAUGACUACCCAUCACCAUUUCUCGGAUACGAAAACGACAAAGGUCUGAAGAACUACCGUGGCUCAUUUUUCAAGAAACGCUAG